UCUAUUAAGCUGUCAACUGUCAAACUAUAAUGGAUGUUCGAAGGUCGUUCUCAUUUUUGAGUGAUAUUUGGCUGUAUUCAAGUAUUUCAUUAGCCCCGAACCAAAUAUUCAUAAAGUUCAGGCAUCGUGUUUGAUAUUUAUCAAUAAAUAAACCAGUGAGCAGCGACAGCGGUCAAAAGCAACCCCGUCUACUUGUGUCAUCUGGGUGAGUAAUCAGUUUGUACACGUGAAUCGCGCAGAAGUUGCAGAAAAUUCCAGGCUGUAUCGCAGGUAGCGACUAUUGCAAUAUGGAAUCGUGGGACGACGAUACUUUCGUGCCCUCAGACGUGCCUGCGCCAACAGUUGCUGUGGUCCCGAACAAAUGGGAAGGCGAGGAUGAAGAUGACGAAGUGAAGGAAAGUUGGGAGGAUGAAGAUGAAGAGAAAGAAGAAAAGAAAAAGGAAGAAAAUUCUAAAACUGAAACAGAAACUAAAAGACCUAAAAAGAAAUCUUUAGCUGAAAGAAUUGCUGAGAAAGAGCGUUUGAAACAAGAAGAAUUAGAAAGACGCCUGAAAGACCAAGAAGAAGACAUUUCCCCUGAGGAGCGCCUCCGAAGGCAGCAAGAGUCCGAUCUGAGCCUGGCGCUAGAGACGACCUUCGCUGCCAAAAACGAAAACUGUACCAUCGGCGAUCUGACAAUGCCCGAAACCAAAGAAGAGUUCGAGACAUUCGCGGAAUCGCUGACAAAGAAACUCAGUCCAUUGACCAAAAGUCCCGAGUAUGUUGGUUUUGUAGAGGACGUAACCAGGAAUUUGUGCGCCAGCAUGUCGUCAUUUGAUAUUAAGAAAAUCAAGAAUGCUGUAGAUAAUUUGUAUCUAGAGAAGCAGAAGAUCGAGAAAGGGGAUAAAGCAAAAAAGAGCAAAGCAAAGAGUAAAGCGAGAAUUAGAGUGGAGGGUGAUUCGCAACUCUCUCAGUUGUCUGCGUACGUGAAUGACUUCGACGACUAUGAUGACUUCAUGUAGCAAAAUGCAGAUAAUUAGGAUUUUUAAUACAUUGGAACAUUUCUGAAUACGAACACGGUAGUUGGUAACAAAUUGAAACAAUGUACAUUUUAUCAUCGCGCCAAUAUAUUUUUGUUUACAUAUUUAUGAACGUUUUUCUUUCACAUUAUUAACAGCGGUUUAUGUUAACGCAAUUUCUAACGUCAGUUGUAUGUAGUAUAUUUCAACUUACUUGAUAUUGUAUGGAGUUGAUGAAGGUUGUUAAUAAAAUUGUAUGAAUAUAUUCUUAUAAUCUUAUUUUUCUAUGAAAGAUCCCGUAAAAAUGGUGAUACGCGUUCACUUCUCG